GCGGCCAGAAGCCCAGAAGAAUAGUGACAAGUGGGUGUGUGUGAGGGGAGGUUCGUCUUGGAUCCAGGAGAGGGCAGUGAGAAGAACCGUGAAAGACUUCUCCUUUGCAUCUCUCUCUCUCUCUCACUUGUAACUUUUUAUUUUCUCCAGUCGCCUGAUAUAUACAUAUAUAACACGAUAAAGGAAAUCGGUGUUCGAGAUCGUUCGAUUUCCACCAUGUUCAAGAAGACGUCUAGCCGAAACCAAAGAUCGAAGGGUAUCAGGAUGAAACAUGUCCUUCAGGUUUGUCUGCUACUUGGGGUCUGUUUCUGGUUAAUCUACCAGGUCAAGCAUUCCCAUGAUAAGAGAAAAGAAUUUGAUGAGAAAGAAACUAAAGUUUCUGUGAAAGAACAAUCCGAUGAUUUGAUUGUAAAGUUUGGUAGGAAAGACCUUCCUCGUGUGCAGGAAGCAUCUAAGAGCUACAGACAUGCGGAAGAAGAGGAAGAAGAAAGUGCAAUAGAGGGUGAAAAUGAACAUGAUGAACGGGAAGAGAAACCUAAGAGGCUUGACGAAGAGGAACAUGAAGGAGCUAGCAAACACGAAGAAGAGGAGCAGCAGGAAGAAGGAAGCAAACACGAAGAAGAAGAAGAGGCGGAAGAAGUGCGGGGAGAUGAAGGCAGCAAACGUGAUGACGAAGAGCAAGAAGCUGAAGUUAAGGAUGAAGAAGCAGAAGAUGAAGGAAAAGGAGAUGAUGAGGUCGAUGAAAACGAGCAAGAGAGAGCUGAUGCUGAAGUUGGCAAUGAAGAAGAAUUAAUGGAUGAGGAGAAAGAGAGAGAAGCCGAGGGCGAUGAUAAAGAGAAUGAGGAAAAAGAAAAUGAUGAAAAAGAGGGUCAAGACGAAAGUGAGCAUUCAGCAAAUGAUCAGAAUCUUAAUGGAGAUGACAGGGAGGCACAUGAGGCGAGAGAGGUGCAUUACAGGGCUGAUGAUGCGUCCAGUGCUGUGUCCCACGACACACAAAUUGUUAGCUCUGGGUCUGAUAAAUUAGAAACGGAAAAUUCAAGUGACAACUUAACAAGGAAUGUUUUGGAGCAGGAAAGCAAAACCAAUGCUACCGAGAAAUCCAAUGGUGAUGAGAACAAGUCUGAAGCGAAGGAUGAUGAAGGUAAAUACUCUGAAGGAGGUAGGUCCUCUAAUAAUGAUGAAAACAAGUCGGAAGUGAAGGUCAAUGAAGGUAAUCACUCCGAAAGUGAUAAUUCCUUGAAUGUGACGUACACUAAAGAAAAUGAUCAUGAGACUGGAUCAGCCAACUCUGAGCAUGUCUCUCCUCCAAAUACAACAAACACAACUGACUUUGUUGACCAAGCAAGCAUUAACUCUACAGAAGUUAGUAAAGAAACAGGCAACAUGGAUUCAAAAGCGAACACAGAAAUGCCGGGUUCACUGCAGAAUGGGACUGCAGCUCAAGGUACAACAGAAUCCUCAAAUUCAUCAACCAAUACAGGGUCUGGCAUGUCAGACGAUAAUCCCAGGAUAAAUUCAACAGCCAAAGGGCACAAUUCUGAGUCUUCCACGACUAAGGAGAAUACAGAUUCAACACAGAAUGAGAAACAAGAAGGUGACGAUGAAUCAAGGGGAGCAGAUGAAAGCUCAGACACUUCCAUAUCUAUUGAGACUGUGGAUGGAGGUCACAAUGACCCCAUUGAUUCUACCGACAAUUUGGUUACCCAAGAACAGAAAGAUGCUGCUGUUGAUCUUAGUACAUUACCGGAUAUGACAACAGAAGGGAGCAACCAUGAAGAUACUGUUGCUGAAUGAAAAUCUGAUUUGUGUGGCUGUUCAAUUCUUUUGAAAUGCUUUAAAACUGCUAUGUUUGCACUUUUUUUUGUUGUUGGAAAAACUAUGUUUGCACUCUAUUUUGAUACGCAGGCACUGUUUUUAGAGAAUACGGUUUCAACUUGGAAGUCGAAAUGUAGACUAUAUAUGAUGUUGUCAGUGGAUGCAAUCUGUAUAAUUUAUGGCAAGUUCCUCUAUGUCAAUACUCUUUCUUAAA